UUAUUUAUUUUGCAACGGGAACAGGAAGUUAUACUAAGCGAGUGCACCAUUGUUGUUGGAAAUAAGGACGAAUGGUUGUCCAUGAAAUUGUUUUUCAGCUUCUCAGAGUCCUGUCUCGCUUUCCUCACCCCCAACCUGGCAUGCAGGUAGCAACUCAUUUGAAGGUCUUUACCCAUAGGACAUGGCAUGCACUGUGCUAAACACUAGCUAUAGUGAAUCACCCAAAAUUUCCAUUGCGCUGGCCACUGCGCUCUGCCUAUAAAUAUUUUUUUUUGCACUCACUCUACAAGUGCUUACUCAUUGUUAUUUCAAAACAUGUAUCUGGUAUCUGUCAUCCAUAAAGAAAAAAAACAAAGAUAUAUAUUUCUUCUGUUUGCUAAUCAGUUACCGAUACACUGGGAAUGUAGUCAUACAAGUUCUUGUAGAGGGGGAGGAGCUGCUCUGCUGAGGUGAGGAGGAAACAAAGCAUUUUAAUUUCAGUUUGUACAGUCACGAAGCAGACGAGUGAAAACACGGAAGCCUAAAGAUGAGUCGUUUAGGGGAGUACAGAGCAGAGUUUCCAGGAUCAAGCUCUGUGUCUAUGAACAGUGACAAAUCCAGAGAUUAUCCUCCAAUCUUCAGUCAUGAACCUGGACUUUCAAGCACACAAGAGAAGAAGAGGGAUAUGUCACGGUCUGCGGAGACAGCGUGUGCGGAGGUUUGUGUUGUGGACCCCAGUGCAGACACAGAUUUUGGUCUGCAAAAUGUUUUAGAUGUGUUAAAGGUCACUCUGAAGACAAGAUAUGAACAUGUGGUUGAAGGAACUGAUAAAAUUGGAAGAGGAGCCCUCCUCAGAAUGAUCUACACCGAGCUCUACAUCACAGAAGAGCAGAGUGAGGCAAUUCAAUACCAACAUGAGGUGAGGCAGGUGGAGAGCGCUUGUAAGAAGAUCCAGCGUGAAACACCAAUCAGCUGCAAGGACAUCUUUAAAACCUUACCUGACAAACAGAGACCCAUCAGAGUGGUUCUGACAUAUGGUGUUGCUGGCAUUGGAAAAACCUUCUUGGUGCAGAAGUUCACUCUGGACUGGGCAGAGGGCUUAGAAAACCAACACAUCAGUGUGGUGGUUCUGCUUUCAUUCAGGGAGCUGAACUUGGUCAGAGACGAGCAGUACAGUCUCCUGGAGCUGAUCCAUGUUUUCUAUCCAACAUUACAGAGAGUCACAGCAGAGAAGCUCACUAUGUGUAAUCUUUUGUUCAUCUUUGAUGGCCUGGAUGAAAGCAGACUUUUGUUGGAUUUCACCAACAGGAAGCUUGUGUCUGAUGUCACACAGAAGUCAACCAUCAGUGAGCUGCUGACAAAUCUCAUCGAGGGGAAUCUGUUUCCCUCUGCUCUCAUCUGGAUAACUUCCCGACCUGCAGCAGUCCAUCAGAUUCCUCCCACAUGUGUUGACAGGAUGACAGAAGUGCGAGGCUUCACUGACUCUCAGAAGGAGGAGUACUUCAGGAGGAGAUUCAGAAAUAAAGAGCAGUCAAGCAGAAUCAUCUCCCACUUGAAGACAUCCAGGAGCCUUUAUAUUAUGUGUGGGAUUCCAGUUUACUGCUGGAUCACUGCUACAGUUCUGGAGCACAUGUUGACUACAGAGGAGAGAGCAGAGCUGCCCAAGACCCUGACUGACAUGUACUCACACUUCCUGCUGGUUCAGACAAAGAAAAAGCACAAGUACCAUGAAGGGCAAGAGAUGAUUUGGCAACAGAUCACCAGUGCUGACAGGGAAGUUCUUUUGAAGCUGGGGAGGCUAGCAUUUGAACAUCUGCAGAGAGGAAACAUCCUGUUCUACCAAGAAGACUUGGAGCAGUGUGGUCUGGAUGUCACAGAGGCCUUGGUGCACUCAGGAGUUUGUACAGAGAUCUUCAAAAAAGAGUCUGUGAUCUUCCAGAAACCAGUUUACUGCUUUGUUCAUCUGAGCAUUCAGGAGUUCCUGGCUGCAGUCUACAUGUUCCACUGUUACACCAACAGGAAGACAGAGGUGCUGCAGAACUUCUUUAGCAAGGACAUCUCAUCUCUGGAAGAUUUUCUGAAUAGCGCCAUGGAGGAAUCGUUCCGAAGUAUGAACGGCCACCUAGAACUGUUUGUUCGCUUCCUUCAUGGCCUCUCUCUGAAGUGCAAUCAGACACUCUUAGGAGGUCUGCUGGGUAAGACAGAGAGCCGUCCCGAGAUUAUCCAGAGAGUCAUCAACAACCUGAAGGAGAUUGGCAGUGGAAACUGUCCUGAUAGAUGCAUAAACAUUUUCCACUGUCUGUUGGAGAUGAAGGACUUCUCAGUACAUCAUGAGAUCCAAGAGUUCCUAAAGUCAGAAAACAAAUCAGAUAAGAAACUCUCUGAAAUUCAGUGUUCAGCUCUAGCAUAUAUCCUCCUGAUAUCAGAGGAGAUUUUGGAUGAGUUUGAUCUGAAGGAGUACAAGACAUCACAGGAGGGACGACGGAGACUGCUUCCAGCUAUGAACAACUGCAGAAAGGCUCGACUUUAUGAUGUCUGGGUCUUGGGGACAGUCUUUGGAACUGUGGCGUCAGCUCUGAGGUCCAACCCCUCCCAUCUGAGAGAGCUGCACCUGAGUUCUAUCAACCUGCAGGAUCCAGCAGAAGAACUUUUUGAUAGUCUGGGCCAUCCAAACUGUAGACUGGAGAUACUCAGAUUCGAGAACUGCACUUUGUCAGAGAACAACUGUGCUGCUCUGGUCAAUUCUCUGAAGUCCAACCCCCCCUAUCUGAAACGUCUGGAUUUAAUAGUAGACAACCUGGAGGGUUCAGGAAUGAAACAGCUGUAUGAUUACCUGGAGAGUCCACACUGUAAACUACAGUUUAACAGAUCCAGACAUGCAGUGAUGCCUGCAGACUUAUCCUGAAAGAAAUCAGUGGUCAAAGCGUAGCUCAACCCAGACUUCCUGAAUCUGUUCCAAAAGGUACAAAGACAGUGUGGCCUUAACUCCAAAGUCAAGCUUCUGUUUAUAUAUAAGGGCUUUGGAACCUGCUGAACUUCUAGGUGGAGUACAGGACUGAGCUACAACAGCUUGACCUCAGAGUGCGCUGAGGUAUCUUUCACUUCAGGCAACUGCUGUAUGUCUUUACUUCCUGGAUGACUCCAAUGACUCUUGAAUCUUGUGAAACAGGUGCACUCAGUGCACUGCACCCAUUUCACACCACUGAGGAGACCACAGUCAGAAUGUUCACUCAAAACAUAGAUAUGUUGUCAUUUAUCUUACAAGAGUCAGUAAACUCUGGGACAAGUUCUGCUAUAUUGUUUGGACUACUGAUGACUUAUUUUAUACCUACAGAUGCUCUCCUGAGUUGAAGGAUACUUUUGAGGUACAGCAUCUGCCAUCUCGCUAGUCUUUUUUCUUCCAUUUAAGGAUGAUGGUGACUGCUGUACUCAUUGGGAGCUUCAGUGAUGCAGACAUUUUUCUGUACCCUCCCCCACCUUUUUGCCUAGAUACAGUUCUGUCUUGGAAGUCUACAUAAACUGUAAUCCCUUGGAUUUCCUGGCUUGGUUUGUGCUCUGGCAUGCACCGCCAACUGUGGGACAUUAUCAAAUCAUAAAAACAACACAAUCAUCACCAAUCAAAUGAAUUUUCCACAGGUGGACCCUAAUCAAGUUGUGGAAAGAUCUGACAGAUGAUCAAUGGAUGCACCAAAACAGGAUGCACGUGAGCUCAAUUUUUAGUGCCACAGUAUAAAUA